AUGUACGAAGAGAAGCAUAUGUGGGCUACUGCAUAUAUAAGAGGAAAAUUCUUUGCUGACUUUAGAACUACAUCAAGAUGUGAAGGUUUACACUCAGUUGUAGGAAGGUAUGUGGGGUCGCGGUAUGAUUUGACAAGUUUUGUAGAGCAUUUUCAAAGGUGUGUUGCACACAUGCGCUUUAAAGAAUUUAAUGCUGAUUAUGAAUCUACACGUGGGGUGCCCAUCAUGCAAACUUGUAUAGAGCUGCUAGAGAGAUAUGGUGCUGAGUUAUACACUCAUGAGAUAUUUCUUUUCUUUCGGCCAUUUCUCUCUAGAGCUGGAUCAAUGCGGGUGCUUAACAUAGAUAAUACCGAUGAUUGCAAAAAGUACAUUGUGUGUAAGCAUGGGAGGCCCGAUUUUAUGUGGACCGUUGAUUUUCGUCAAGAAGAAAUGAUCUUCACGUGUACCUGUUUAAGAAUGGAGUCAUUUGAAAUUUCCUGCGAACAUAUUGUGAAAGUUCUGGUUGACAAAGACAUCUGUGAGAUUCCCCGGUCAUUGGUAUUGGAUAGAUGGACAAAAAAGGUUAAAUCAGCACUCAAUGAUCCAAGUGGGUUCACCAGGGAUGCUGUUAUUAUUAGUCAUCAAAGUGCCUUGGUGGAAUUUUUUAAACAAUUGGCUAUUGUUGCUGCUAAAGCUGCAGAUGAAGGCACUAAUCAACCUCAGUCAAGUGUAGCUAAAAGUAGCAAUCCGUAUGUGCAUCAAAGCGGAGUAGGCUCAGGACAACCAUCUAGGAUGAAGCGGCAACGUUGUAGUAUUUGUCAAAUGAAAGGACAUAAGAAGACAACAUGUCCCUGGCAAAAGGACAUUGACAACAACGUUAUUGAAGAUAAAGCUAAUGGUUCGGAUGAUGGCGACAUAUAUCCAGAACUGACAGCUGAGUUAGAUAGUGAUAAUUAG